GGAACUACGACAUACUACAUUCCAAACCCCUCGACAUGGAUCCCUCACAAUCCCAGCGCAGGGCUCAUCUGGGGACCAUUGACGCCUUCGUCUGACAAUAGGCCAGCACUUUACGGUAUGGUAGGGCUCCAGUUUAUAUUGGGACUUGGUUUUUUCCGGGCAGCACGCCAGUUGUAUCGCCCUCGUACUAUAGUGACGUCUGUGAAUUCUAUCCCACAGCAUUUUACACCCAAGGGCUCAUUUUGGAAAGCAUCUAUACCGGCAUUAACCGGUGCUGUAGCUAUUUACGGCUGUGGACUCGAAUUGAGCCGCUUAAUGUUAGCGUAUGAUCCGUGGUAUGAAGAAGCCAAAUACUACAGAAGAGUAGCCAUCAAGAAUGGAGACAAGCCCAGUGCCUGGUUUGGUGCCUACGACUACUACAAGCCCAUGUCGACAAAGGCAUGGAUAGAUAAAGUAGGCAUCUGGAUCAAAGCAACAGAACAUGAACUCAGUGAAAAGCAAGAAGUCUUGGACGUUAGUAUUGUGCAAGCAAACAGUAGUAAUCCCGACGAUAAGGGCCAUGUUGAACAUGUUCUUAUCCCCGUCAAGAAGAACAACUUGAUGAGCCAAAUGAACAAGAAAGGCAAGUAUGUAGAGAUCUACAAUCGUCUCCGUGAAUCCAACAAGUCCAGAUACCGUACAUUAUUGGAUACAGAUUUGAAAGAUGUCCAGGAGUUGAACAAGGCUGAACGUAUCGACUUAAUUUUGGAAGGAAAGUCUCCCUACAGCAAUCCGGAGUACACAAAGCCCCAUAUUCAACUCGGAAACCAUCAUGUAGACACCGAUGAUGAGUUCGAAAUGGUGUGGUUGAACUUUGAGCCUUGGGAUGAAUUGAAGUUGGAAACAGAUUACGAUAUAAGACUCAUUCCUCAUUGGAGAUGGGCUGAUUCUGAUAACUCAGAG